AAGUUCUACGGGCUCUUCGAAACAAAGCCUAAGAAUGGUGGCUGAAAUGGGAUCAAAUCCUCGUUGAAACAAGAGCAUCAUUUUUAGUCGGUAAAUAUUUUACCAUCUAAGAAGUUAUGCAUGAGAAUAUUUAAAUUCUCUAAGAACAUGAUUCUCAGGCCAAAACAAUCCUACAUUUGAAAAAUGUUUAAUUGACUUGGAAUUGCAUGAUCCAACCAUCAACUUUUCAUUAAUAUUGCUCUUGGAGGAAAUUUCCUAUCGAGCCUACUCACGAAUCCAAGUCCAGCCAAUGCAAUACCAACACCCAUAACCGACCUUGAAUGCGUGUAAAAAAACAAAUACUUCUUGAUUGGUUCAUGAACGUUUUCGGCUCCGCCUGGUCAUCCUUUCCGGCGUGAUAAGACAAAGCGACGCGGUCCACUGCGACGUGUAAGACCAUGCAUGGAUGCAGAACCAACCCAAACGCUACGUGUCCGAGCCACCCUUUACGAUGGCCGCGUGUGGCCACCCGUGGCGGUAAAUUGGCUCCUGAAAGGUUUAUAAAGGGGUACGAACGAGGUCUCAAGCAAAGAGAUCAAAAAGAAAGAGAGAGAGAGUAGAAUGCUUCUACGAGGCAGCGGGGUGGUUGGUGGCGGAGCUCUUCGUCGGAAAUCGCCCGCAGUUGAGAGUAUCAAGGCCAUGAGUCGGAGUCCGACGUCCACCUUCUGCGCCGGGGGUCAAGCAGCUCCGUCUCGAUCCGGCGGUGGGAGCAACGACGAUCGCCAGAGUCUGCAGCAAGAGCCUGUGACAACCGGCGGUGGGAGCAACGACGAUCGCCAGAGUCUGCAGCAAGAGCCUGUGACGACCACCGGGGAUGCGAUGUCCCAUUCUUUUGGGGAGGGGUACUCCACGCGCUCGGACGAGGAAGGAUUUGGGGGGAUUUAUGGACGGAAUCAGUCAAUCUCAAGACCUGGAGAGCUUGAUAACCAUCCGGACUAUGAUAAAUCGCAGGGGAGCGAAGUCAAAGAGAAGGAGAAAGGUCGGAACCAACCAUAGCCAUGAGCCAAUUGAAGAUCUACUGCCCGGGGUUGUUUUAUGUUCACUUGUCUUCCAUUCCAUUAGUAGUAAUUAUGUCCCAGAGGAACUUGAUGUCUUCGUGUUUGUCCUUUGUACGAAAUCUUGAUGUUGCUAUCUUUCCUCACCGUGGUGUAUUAUUAGUGCUUUUGUAAUGCCAAACAGUAGCGUGUGAUUUUUAGCAGUUGAAGUCGGAUAUUUCUAUCAAUAUUCUUCUUACUGAGA